GUUUGUGCUGUCAGAGGUGACGACUCCAGCAAAGGGCAGUUUGCAGUGUCACACCUAGUAGGAGUGGGAAAUUGUUGAAGAUUUCUGCAGUGGACUUGCACAGAAACCACAGGCAAAGCGUUUUCCGGAUAAUGGCGAAGAUGGUGAGAAGAACAUGUGCGUUUUGUUCGGAGGGGGAGGCCGGUUCUGUAAUGUACAUUGCCAAAGAGCGAAAUAUUGCGGCUCAUCAGGAUUGUCUGUUAUUUUCCUCAGGAUUUGUGGAAUCUGAAGAGUAUAACCCAGAUAACCUGGAUAUAAGGUUUGACGUGGCAUCAGUGUUGAAAGAACUCAAGAGAGGAAAGCGGCUGGUGUGCAACUUCUGUCGCAAGAAAGGAGCCACUGUGGGAUGCGAGGAAAGAGCCUGUCGCAGAAGUUAUCACUACUUCUGCGCCCUCUGCGAUGACGCGGCGAUAGAAACGGAUGAAGUAAAUGGAGUCUACCGAGUGUUCUGCCCAAAACAUGACCCAGGCAGUAGGAGCAAUCACUAUGAUGCAGCUAAUAAGAGGAGAAGACAUUCACUGAAAUCUUCCACCAUCACGGAACAAAUGAGCACAGAAGAGACAGCAGAAGAAAACAGCUUACGAAUACUAAAAAGGAAAACCAACAGGCAUAAAGUCCAAAUAGAGUUCCUUAGAAAAUGCAAGCGAGCUGGGCUUCUGGAUGACAUAUUUGAAGAAAUGCUGGACACGCUUCACCUGGCGCAGGAAAAACUGAUGGAUGACAACACUUCGGAAACAGAGUAUGAAGAGACAGUGGUGUCACUCUUUGACUGCGGACUGUUUGAAAAUAUACUGACAAAUGUUCACUCAGGUAUGUGAAAAAAGCUGUCGGAGCAGCAGCAGUUG